CCUCUGUCAACCCCAGAGCGCUCUUGCAGCCAAGACCGCCGCCAGACCAAAUCACACCAGACCAAGGCGGCCCAUGUCCGGGCGCACCGCACCAUCCAUACACAGGACCAAACUCUGUCUCCACCAGCCCCUGCCUGCCAGCCGCAAGCACAUCCACAGCACCGUCGCCGUCGCCGUCGCCUCCCUGGCAGCCGCCGUCAAAUACCCCACCGUCUCUGCCAGGAUUGUCGGAUCUGCUUCUGCUCCCGAUCCAAAAGCAGCGCAUCCUCGGCUCUCGCUCUCGCUCUGCCACAUCCACACCCACCGGCGCCAAACCAAACCGUCUCCCGCACCCAUGGAUGCACCCAUGGACGCAUCCAUGCAGACCCUCCUGGGGCUCGUCUCCGAGCGUCUGAGAGAGGACACCCUCUUCGUCGUCUGGAAGGAUCGUCGGCGGGUCAGCGUCGUGACCGGCACCAAGGACCCUGGCAAGGGCCGCGGCAACUAUACCUACGAAUUUGUCCACGUCGACAAGACCGUCAUCCUUGGGCUCUAUCGCUCCUACUCGUGCGUGAGCGAAACCCAUGCCCGCGACCAGGGCUUCAAGUUUCUGUCGUCGGCAUCGUCGAGCUCGCACCGACGCCGCUACUUUGUCUUUGACGGACAUCAUCUGCACGAGCUGCUCUACGACACUGCGGCCUGCGACGAUGCGGCGGCUUCUGGUAUCCUCGGGUUUUUGGGACUCUCGACCUUCCUGGGUCCGAUUUGGAGCUCGCUCUUCUCGCCCGAGCCACCCAGUCCGCCACCAAGCACCCUCGAUGCCGACCCGAGCGACCGCCAUGCCAGCGGCCCCAAGCGCAAGAAGGCCAAGACGUCGCCCACAUCGUCGCCCACCGACUCCCACUCGCACCCACACUCGCACUCGCACUCGCACUCGCACUCGCGGCCGCCCAGCACCCACGGGAAACCUACCGCUCCCGCCUCGCUCAAGGUUGCCCCAAGUUUCUCGUACAAGCGAGCAAAGUACAUCGAGCAGAUUCUGACGUCCGUCAAGGACCCCGCCUUCAUGGCCUCGUGGCUGCAGGACACCCAGGUCCGCGGCAAGCUGGCCUACCAGGUGCUCAAGUUCCUCAUCCGCGCCAAUCUCGAUCCAGACCGGCCCAACGACGCCCACAUCCAGAGCCUCGACCGCCCCCCGGUCUUUCCCGAGUCGGUCAAGAAGACCAUCGUUGAGCACUGGAAGACCCGCCCCGGCCAUCUCAUCCAGUGCUCCAAUGGCAUUGAGCUCAUUCUAGAUGUGCUCGGGCUGUGGACCGUCUCUGCGACCGAUGCCAAGCAUGCACCCUUUUCGUCACCCGAUUGCUGCGUGCACGCCUUUGACAUCGAGCACAUUGUCUCCAAUUCGUUCGGAACCGACAACCGGGACACCGAGAACGGCGUCAUUCUCGACAGCAAGGUCAACCGGAGCAAGGGCAACCGCAUGCUUUUCCUCCUGACAGAUUCCGAGAUUGACAAGAUCAAGGACCUGGCCAAGAAGCAGCGCGUCUUUCUGAAAAGCUACCUGAACUCGAUUGGCGAUCGCCAGGCCGCACGUCGGCUGUAGGAGGGCUCUCCGCGAUGUGCACCCAAGGGAACGGCAUCCCAAUGCGAGUCCCAGAGUCGUCACUCGUUCUCGUAUGAUUCAAAUACAUGUUUUGACCGUUCGUGGCACA